AUGGAGAUCACCGAUUACAUCUUUAAGGAGCGCGAGGAGGCGCUCCUUGUGGGAGACUACAAUGCCUACCGGGCACACGCCACUCGCAAGCUCCACAAACUUCGCAAGAAGCUGGGUCAGGCCACGGCUAAAGGCCGCAAGUACACUGCGAAACCUGCCGUGACUGCCGAGAAUGUUGGAAACAAUGUGGCCUAUGUGCAUCUUUUGCUUCUCGGAUCCGAACGGGCAUGGGCGCAAGCCAUGCAUAUGAAGUCCACACACUCCGCAGAUCCGUCCGCCAAGGGUAUCUCCGGUGCAGCCAGGCGUCACAUUAUCUCGCGACUGAACAAAGCAACUGGUUAUGCGCAACAUCUUGUGACGCUGCUUCAUGAGCAGUCGGCCACCGGUGCCAGUGAUAGUGAUAUUCUUGAAGCUCGGGCUUACCUGGCCACAAUUUCCGGUGCUCUUUGUCUGGAGAAGCGAAAGUGGGAGCAGUGCCUCCACGAUUACGCUAUCGCUCGAGUGAUCUAUACCGCUCUGGGGCAACGGGCCAAGAAAGAUGCCUUCCGGGAUCUUCUCUCUGGAACUGUGGACCCUAGUCUCCGCUAUGCCGCUUAUCAGAUGAAGUUGCCUCGUUCCAAGCCGACCUCAUCAUUGGCCCUUGAAUUCUUUCCUUCGGACUCUGAUAUUCGUGCAGAGGUGGAGAAAAUAGACCCCAACUGUCUGGCUGAGGAGGCCGCGGGCACACGGAGAACCGCUGAAGGCGAGGUCCAAAAAUUGCCAGAGUCUGUGACAUGGAGGUCCCGAACUGUGCCACUGGACGAUGCUUCGAUCUCUCAGGCUUUGGCUGCAGCCUCCGCUGCCGAGGCAGGUCUGACUGCUUGGUUGGCAGACGCAGGGAAGUCUGCCACCGCCAAGGACCAGGCCGCUGCUUAUGAUAACGUGAUCAUUGCCAGUCAGGAUGCGGUUGAUGCCACUAAGACUGCCAUUGAUGAUCUGACCAGUGAAGGUGUGGACCCUGGCGACAAGAGAUUGCAGGCAUUGCAGAUUACUCGGACAGCAGUCAACUACAACCUGGUUGGAUGGCGUGUUGGACGUAAUCGUGUCCUUUGCGGUGAGCAGGAUGGCCUCAUAUUUAUAGACGAGCAAGCCGUCCAGGCUGGCAAGGCUUCCAAGCACAGUGGUGGUAAUGGGAAGAAGCUGAAUAAACUCCGCGAGCGUGCAGUGCUGUACGAUUCUACCCUUCAGAGCUUGGAUUUUAUUCUGGAGCUUCCUGGAGUUGCCGCGGACGCCGCAUUUGUCCAAAAUCUCGAGGCGAAACGACGUUACUUCCGAGCACUUAGAUGUCUUGCUCUAGGCCGAUCCCACAGUGUUCUCGGAAAACCUACCGAAGCACUCGCGUUGUUUGCCCAGGCACUUGAACUUGUUGGCUCGGCUACUCCCCAGACCCCCACCAGUUCCAAGGGGCCUCCUCAGUUGGAUGUUUCGCGAUCUCAGGUCGGCACGCUCGAGUCGACUCUUCGCCAAUUGGUUGCUCGGUAUCGUGGCCUAGUCACUCUGGAGCGCCUGGAGGCAGAUUCUGCUUCUUCUCACCAGCGUCCCCUGGUGGAGCGGCUGCAUCAGUUCGGCCGGACGGACCUCAACAACCUGGUGCCAUAUCCACCCCAGAUGCAAGCCGUCCCUGUGAAGCCACUCUUCCUAGAUGUGGCAUGGAACUACAUCGAUUACCCUCACACGAACGCUGAGCCGCAAGCUGCGGCACCCGAGGAGAAGAAAGGUCGGGGAUGGUUUGGGUUUGGCCGGUAG